ACUUCGUGACCCGUGUCAUCUUACCUCCUUCCAUCUACCCCCUGCUCGGAUAACUCGCAAUUUAUUAACAUUACCACAUUCACUCUCUCUUUAAUAUUAUCUUGCUACAUAGUGCUUUUUUCUUCUUUCCCACUCCCUCCAUUCCUUCAGUUUCUAAUAUCACUUUAAUAAUCCUUUCCUUUACACUUUUCUUCGUUGUCUAUUGUCUGUUGUUUACUUAGCAUUGUGUGGGAUGAAGGUACAUACUAACUAUGCAUUUCGAUCUAAUCUUAUCUUCAUGGUAUUAAUUUUUGGGCGACUUUAGAGAAGGGUUCAUUCGAGCGCAUCCAUAUCACCUAGCCUGCCUGGACAUUAACAAUAUUAAAACUAUUAAUAAGAUACUUAACACGUCAACCGAGACCCGCCAAUUUUUAACUAUCACAAACCCGAUUUAUACGAUUUAUACCCUGAUUGCGAUAGCGACCGCGCAUGCGAUCGCAGCCGCGACAGUGCAACGCGACUACAAUCACGACCGCAACUAGCAACAAUCAACUACGUCUCCUUUCUAUCGGGGUUCAUAGCAAACACCCCCCUUCUUAAAUGUAUCCUGGGGUCGGGAACUAUGUGGCGGCGUACCUAUUUGCUUCUAAUUCUGGUACGGCUUGGAUUUGCUCUUUCGCCGAGCUAUCUUCACCCGGACGAGAAUUUUCAAGGUCCCGAGGUCAUAGCUGGUCAAAUCUUCAGCUAUCCGGUCCGACUGACUUGGGAAUUUACGAGCGAGCAUCCUAUACGCAGUGUUUUUCCUCUAUGGCCGGUUUACGGGCUGCCUAUGCUCUUGUUGCGAUGGCUGUGGAUUGGCAAUGGCAACGACGGCGAGAUUCCACCGAUCGCCGUAUUUUGGACGUUGCGCGUCCUGAUGUUUAUCAUCAGCUUCGUCCUAGAGGACUGGGCUAUUCAUGAGUUAGUUCAGUCACGGCGGCACCGCCAAGUUGCUCAGUUGCUAGUCGCAUCUUCGUAUGUAACUUGGACAUUUCAGACUCAUACCUUCUCUAACUCUAUCGAGACACUUGUGGUUGCUUGGUGCUUGGUACUCGUUGAACGCAUUCUCGAGGCUUCGGCUUCUUCUUCCCUAACGGCAUCGACGGUCCUCGGUAUCGUGGCUGUCUUCGGUGUUUUUAAUAGAAUAACAUUCCCUGCGUUUUUACUUAUUCCCGGACUUCAAUUGAUACCCCAUUUCAUAAAGAAACCUUUGUCUUUGCUCGUCAUGGCAGCUUCUGGGCUUUUGACUGGUUUAAUUGCUAUCUCGCUCGAUACGUCCUUCUAUACUCCGCAUUCCAUCUCUUGGUCGGAUCUUUACCGUCAUCCGGUGAUCACACCGUUAAAUAAUCUCCAAUACAACAUCUCUCCUUCCAACUUGGCGGAGCAUGGGUUGCACCCUUGGUACCAGCAUAUCUUGGUCAACCUUCCACUACUUGUAGGGCCAGCCGUAGCGCUCCUAUUUGCGAAACCGCAUCUGUCUCUGAGACUUUCAUCGGCGAUAUCCGGCGUGUUUGUUUUAUCGAUAUUCCAACACCAAGAAGCCCGGUUCUUACUUCCCACAAUACCACUCCUUCUCUCGUCCCUACAGCUUCCGAAGAACCCAACGCUUUUCAAAGUUUGGGUUGGUGCUUGGGUGGGUUUCAAUGUGAUCCUCGGCCUGCUUAUGGGGGUAUAUCACCAGGGCGGUAUCGUGCCGGCUCAAGUGUUCUUGAGCAAACAACCUGACGCGACGCAGGCUAUAUGGUGGAAGACGUAUAUGCCGCCGAUUUGGCUUCUGAAUGGGAAGAAUGCUGUUCUCAAUACAAGAGACGUGGCGGGGAUGGAGGGAAAUGAACUACUCGAAGAACUAGACCGGAUAGCAACCUGUGAUACACCGGCCGACAGGAGGAACUUUGAAUAUCUCAAGGAGCGGAAUGGCACAUAUCUCAUCGCACCACUCUCAUCGAUAUGGCUGGACCCGUAUUUAGAUAAUAAGGGUCUAGAAGGACUUAGGUUUCGGGAGGUUUGGAGGUAUACCAAACACCUGAACCUGGACGAUUUAGAUUGGGCGGAGGAUGGAGUCUGGCCUACUUUGAAGAGGGCGGUUGGCAGACGAGGACUGGCUGCUUGGAGAGUAACCAAGAGCUGCGGUCGUCCUGCGAAGUACGACCAGGUUCAAAUAUAAUGACAUCCAUACAUACCUCCUGACUACGAUUUUCCGUCCAGAACUUAUCAUCCAACGUGAAUUCCAACUUGCGGGGUUUUAUUUACGAGAAUUCACUUAAUAUUUUGUUGCCACUUACUUGAUUAUUGACGUUAGGUAUCGACCUAGGUAGUAGGUUCCAAGUUGAGGUGCUGCUACAUGGUAUCAUGAUGUAAGUUGAGGGGAAAAUGGAUAUCCCGGUGCGACCAUUAGACUCUAAUAUAAACCAAU